AUGAAGCCUUUCAUGCUGGGAAUAUUGAAGUGCAAAAGAUGUACGUUCAUGCAGAGACUGGAAUUGAUCUGUAACGAAGCGAUAUGUGUUGAUAUCAGUGCAAGCGAGCCACAGAUAUUCAACAAGCACAUGUAUCUGGAAGACUCGGAAGAAAGAUUGAAAAUUCUUGCGCACAGCCUGAACAUGCACCACUCCGUAACGCUUACUGAGCAAGACAUUGAGUCAUUUGUAGAAGAUCCGUCGGAUGAUGCAAAAGUAAAGGCGUUUCUAUUUGGAAUAGACAUAAUCAGUGGAGCACUGAAAUGCAGAUCGUGUGGGUUACAAUACCCAAUCAAGAACUCGAUUGUGGAUACGGUGGAUGCGAUUCAGUUCAAUUAA